AUGUUAACAAUAAUCUCGACACAGCUCCUCAACCUCCGAAUGGGGCCUGGAGCAGCCAUCCUGCCCGCCGAGGUAUCCCAGAUUCACAUGGACUUUGCCAUGAGAACGCACAACGGCCACAUGGGCGCCAAGAAAUUCUGGCGCGAAUAUCUCCCACGCCUCAAGUACAACAAUCCUGCCGUCCCCAUGAUUGUCAACCGUCACGGCCAAAACGACCAGGCGCCGACCAUGACCGUAUACCUUCGGACCGCCAGUGACGGCCCGGCCACCACAGCUACCCCCCCGCCUGCCUCGUCCCGCGUGGGACUCUCCAAAGCGACGCCGCCCGCGAGCAACGAGCGCGUGGUGCACAUUGACAUGAAGGACAAGCACUCGACGAAUAUCCUCGAGCAGCUCAUCGCACAGGUCGGAGCGACACCCCUGCGGCCGACGCCAGAACUCACAGCCGAAUGGCAGAGCCUAGAGGAGCUCAGGAAGACGAGCAACGCCAGCCGUGAUCGCAUCAACGCUAUCAAGGCUGAAAAGGAACGAGAGGCCACUAUGCUGCAACAAGCCCGUGCAGCGGGCGGUGCUACAGAGGAACCAGCGUGA